AUGGGGGAAGAACGAGCGGCAGAACAACCGAGGCAAGCGGAACACAUGACGUAUCAGUCGCUGGUGGAACAGAGAGAACUCCAAGUGCUGCAGGUACCAAGCGUUGACAACGUCGCCGUUUUGAAAAAAGGAAAGGAAUUCGUUGGCGCGCACGGCAGUGUGAAGGAGGGCGUGUGGCGCGACAAUGACGGCAUCACGCACAGCGUGGCCGUUAAAUCAGUGAAGGUGGCUGGCAAUGAAAAGGGCCUCGCGAUCAUGAACAAAGAAAUAGAGAUCUUGGCCAGGCUUCCCCGCCAUCCGAACGUCGUCCGGGUGAUAGGCGUGCGUCCGGGCGAGGAGCCAGUCAUCGUGGAAGAAUGGAUGCCCAUGACUCUGAAGGACCUCACCGAAAUGGGGCCAAGGCCGAGCUACGGGGAGCUGGUGAGGAUCAUCCUGGACGUGGCAAAGGGUCUGUUGCACCUUCACUGUUCACUGUAA